GUCUCAUGAAACGGUCCCUCCCGCUUCAGCUGAUGCUUCCACCUUCACCUCAACCGGGGCAAAAGCCUCUGGUUCAGCGCAUGUUAGUUCUCCUCCUCCUGGAUGCAAGACCGAAGAGGACCGAAGGCAGCUGAAGAACUAGAUCAGAUAGGCCCCUUCGCUAAGGCACAAUGGCGUUACACCCGCGAAGAGUUCGCUUGAAGCCGUGGCUGGUAGCCCAGGUAGACAGCGGUAUGUAUCCCGGCCUUGUCUGGCUAGACCGAGAAGCGAAGCGGUUUCAGAUCCCCUGGAAGCACGCAACUCGGCACAGCCCGCAGCACGAGGAGGAGAACACCAUCUUCAAGGCAUGGGCUGUGGAAACGGGAAAGUACCAGGAAGGAGUCGAUGAGCCAGAUCCUGCAAAGUGGAAAGCCCAGCUCCGGUGUGCUCUUAACAAAAGCCGGGAAUUUAAUUUGAUGUAUGAUGGUACCAAGGAGGUGCCCAUGAAUCCUAUUAAAAUUUAUGAAGUCUGCGAUAUCCCGCAGUCCCAGGGAUCAAUCAUUAAUCCAGGUUCCACUGGCUCAGCUCCGUGGGAUGAAAAGGAUAAUGAUCUUGAUGAGGAAGAAGAGGAAGAAUUGAAUCAAUCUCAGCAUGUCCCUAUUCAAGAGACAUUUCCAUUUCUUAAUAUCAAUGAUUCUCCAAUGGCUCCAGCCACUGCAGAAAACUGCAGCCCUGAAGCUGUGUGGCCGAAGAAUGAACCUCUAGACAUGGAAAUGCCUCCAAAUGUGCUGCAGCAUGACUUCUUCAGCAGUCCCGAGCUCUGGAUCAGCUCUCUGCCAAUGACAGACCUAGAAAUCAAGUUUGAAUAUCGAGGAAAGGAGACUGGACCGACGACAACUGUAAGCAACCCUCAGGGAUGCAGACUUUUCUACGGAGAGCUGGGUCCUAUGCCAGACCAGGAAGAGCUCUUCGGGCCCAUUAGUUUGGAGCAAGUAAAGUUUCCAGGAACAGAGCAAAUCACCAAUGAAAGGCAGAAGAUUUUCACAAGUCGGUUGCUGGAUGUUAUGGACAGGGGACUGAUCCUGGAGGUCAGUGGCCAUGCCAUCUACGCCGUCCGGCUCUGCCAGUGCAAGGUGUACUGGUCUGGCCCCUGUGCGCCUUCUUCCACCACACCAAAUUUGAUCGAGAGGCAAAAGAAAGUCAAACUCUUCUGUCUGGAAACGUUCCUAAGUGAGCUGAUAGCCCAUCAGAAAGGACAAAUUGAGAAACAGCCACCAUAUGAAAUCUACUUCUGUUUUGGAGAAGAAUGGCCUGAUGGAAAACCCAGGGAGAGGAAGCUGAUUGUGGUUCAGGUCAUUCCAGUUGUGGCCCGGAUGAUCUAUGAAAUGUUUUCCGGUGACUUUGCGCGCUCCUUUGACAGCGGCAGCGUGCGGCUCCAGAUCUCUACGCCCGACAUCAAGGACAACAUCGUGGCUCAGCUGAAGCAGCUGUACCGCCUGCUGCAGAACCACCAGGAGGGGUGGCCGAUGCAGGCUCCUGCUAUGCACAUGGCGCAGCCGCUCCCAGCACAGUGACAGACGCUUUGCUUUGCCCCGUGGUUUCUUACAUUGUACAUACAGAAAAGUAUUUCUUAAAGUGCCUUGCCUAAGUCUGAAUAAAAUCUGUAAAUCUCGUCAUCUGAUUCAAUUCAGCAGUACUUUUGUUUUGGAAGUGUUUAAAACAGAGGGGAUUACAGGAAUACCUCUAGCUCCUUCACUGUUUUCAGCUGUUUGCUUAAACAACCAAUUAUGUAUAAAUCAGAUUUUUAAAUUCUGUAAUAUUUUUUAAUCUGCUAUUGAUACAUUGUAUAUAAGUACUUGAUGACUAGAGGUGGAAAAAAAAAAUCUGUGCUCUAUUAAAACUUCCUGGAGAAUAUCA